CGUUUUGUUACGCCUUUCAGCAAAGCGCACUACCGCAUUGGAUAUUUUGUUUCCGCUCUUACCCGAUACAAACAAGAUGGCCGACGUUGUUGAAAUCCAUAAAUUGAAGUUGGCUGAGCUCAAGCAGGAAUGUGCUGUGAGGGGAUUGGAGGUGAAAGGAAACAAAGGUGACCUUAUUGGACGGUUGCAGGCAUACCUUGAGGAGCAUGCGUGUUAUGUUCCAGAAGAUGAGGUGAAUGAAGAGGAGGUCUUGGGAGAGUUAGAGGACGAGCCUAAAGAGGAGGAAAUCAAUGAAAGACCUGCAGAAGAGGCAGCAGGAGAGACAACUGUGCCUGAAAAGGAUGCUGAGAAGAAAGUUGUGAAAAUCACUGCCCCAGCAGCUGCAGGGGAGAAGCUGCAAAAGAGGGCGGAGCGUUUCAACCUGCCUGCCACUGCUGAUAGUAAGAAAGAGGCCCGCGCUGCCAGGUUCGGUUUACCAGCUCCAACGCCGGCUUCCACACCAGGUGCACCAGUUGCGAAUAGCAAACCAACUGUCAGCGUUGAGGUCCUGAAGAAGCGGGCAGAGCGCUUUGGCAUGAAUGUCUCCCCUGUUGCCAAAACGGUUGAAGUUGACGAGAAACUGAAAAAGAGGAAGGAGAGGUUUGGGAUUCUCACCGCUGCUGCUGCAGUUGGGGCUGAAGAUAGUGAGGCAAAGAAGAGGAAACGUGCAGAGCGAUUUGGAAAUAAUUGAUUCAACAAUUUUUUUACUUUUUUUAACAUGUCAUUGUAUUUUUUAAACUUGUAUCUCUUGUUUUACAGUGGUAAAAUACCAACCUAUGCUGUUUAGUAAACAAAUAUUUACAGUAUGUAAAAGUUUGGACAAUAAAGAUCUUUUUCAAAUCAAAUCAAA